GCAAACACUACAAAAAAAAGAAAUCAGAAUAUAAGAAGAAAAAAGUAACCAGGAAAAAGUUAAAACUUUGAAGGAACUAAAGGAUGUCAGAUGGAAGGAUGGGAUAUAAUUUUCCAGCUUGACUGUAAUGACGGAAUACGGACGCAUGAGGGCGGUAAUGUGAGAGAACACGUGCCAAACCAAUCCCAGAUAAGGAGAAGAAGAAGAGCGUCAUUGUGUAGACUCUAUUGCUUGCUGUCCACGCUGUUAACCUCUUUAUGUUUGCUAAACUAUCAUAUUUGAAGAAAUCUAUAAACAAAUUGAAAAUAUUUAAGUCGAGUUUUCGUUUUGUCCCGCCAAACCGUGUAUUUACGAAGCACGAGCGCCUAGCUUGAGGUUUGUGAAGCUUUGGGCUAAUAAACAAUCAAGAGGCGAAGCCGUUUAAACUCCUGAACAGACACUUUUAGCAUCGCGUCUGCAAGGUUUCCACUUGCACAGUCAACAAUUCAUGCAGAGACAUCUCCUCACAUCAAUCCAUAGGACUCUCUGUUUAGUUCGACAACCUUCUGGUUCUUUCGUUAGGCGUCAGCAGCUCUCUUUUGUGUGCAGAGUCGCUUCUUUGCCUUCUGCUGACCAGCUCCCCUCUAGUUUUUCUGCAGAAAGACUCUCACAGCAAACCCGUUUUUUUCACUCAAUCCCCCCCAAACCUAGCCUCCUCCGCUCCUCUGCUCCCUGGCUGUUCCUGCGACGGUGUUUCUCUCUUCCACUCGACAUGUCGGAGCAGAGGUUCCUCGUGGAGUACGCCAAACGCGGCACCGCGGGCUGCAAGAAAUGCAAGGACAAAAUCCCGAAGGGCAUCGUGAGGAUCGGCAAAAUCGUGCCAAAUCCCUUCAGCGAGUCUGCUGGGGAGAUGAAGGAGUGGUAUCACGUGAAGUGCAUAUUCGAGAAGCUAGAGAGGGCGAGGGCCACCACGAAGAAGAUUGAAGACAUCACUGAUCUGGAGGGCUGGGAGGAACUGCAGGACGAAGACAAGGAGCUCAUUAACAAGCACGUUUCAGACUUGAUGGCCAAAGUCAAUGCAAGCCCCAAAAAGAAAGUUCAAGCCAAGCUGAACCCUACAGGUCAGCUCAUGGCUCCCCCCGCCGACCCAUCCGUCAACGCUCCACGAAAGUUCUCAGGCUUCACCGCUGCGAAGGCCGGCAGCUCCGCAGCGAUCUCAUCGCCGCCUGCCGCUGCAGCCGGGCAAGGCAGCGCUCUGUCCACCCAGCUGUGCGACCCCAAACACAAGGACUGCCUCCUCCGGGAGUUUCGCAAACUCUGCGCCGUCGUCGCUGAAAACAACAGCUACAACACCAAGACGCAGAUUAUUGAGAAGUUUCUGAAGAAAGGGACGGGUGGAGAUAAGUUCCAUGGAGAUCUUUACCUGACGGUGAAACUGCUGCUGCCGGGCGUCGUGAAAAGCGUCUACAACCUCAACGACAAGCAGAUCGUGAAACUCUUCAGCCGCAUAUUCAGAUCCAACCAGGAAGACAUGGUUCGAGACCUGGAACAGGGCGACGUGUCAGAGACGGUCCGGAUGUUCUUUGAGGAGAGUAAAUCCUUUCCUCCUGCAUCCAAGAGCCUCCUCACCCUUCAGGAAGUGGACGAGUCAUUGACCCGCCUCGCCCAGCUGACGAAGGAGGACGAGCAGCAGAACGAGCUGGAAGCCAUCGCCAAAAAAUGCACCAGCAAUGACCUGAAAUGCAUCAUCAGACUGAUUAAGCACGACCUGAAAAUGAACGCCGGAGCGAAGCACGUGUUGGACGCCGUGGAUCCAAACGCCUACGAUGCUUUCAAGGCCUCCCGGAACCUGGGCGACGUCAUCCAGAGGGUUCUGAGGAACCAGCAGGAGGCGUCGAACGGGUCGGGACCCCGGAAGCUGCUGACGGUGGAGGCGUCACUCAUGACCCCCGUGCAGCCCAUGCUGGCAGAAGCUUGUAAAUCCAUCGACCAGGCCAUGAAAAAGUGUCCCAACGGGAUGUACGCCGAGAUCAAGUACGACGGCGAGCGGGUGCAGGUCCACAAGAGCGGCGACUCGUUCAGCUACUUCAGCCGCAGCCUCAAACCCGUGCUGCCGCACAAGGUGGCCCAUUUCAAAGACUACAUCCCUCAGGCCUUUCCUGGAGGACACAGUAUGAUUCUGGAUGCUGAGGUCCUCCUAAUUGACACAAAGAGCAGCAAACCUCUGCCCUUUGGGACUUUGGGGAUACACAAGAAAGCCGCCUUUCAAGACGCCAACGUGUGCCUUUUUGUUUUCGACUGCAUCUACUUCAAUGGCGUGAGCCUCAUGGAGCGGCCUCUGAAGGAACGCAGGAAGUUCUUGACCGACAACAUGGUGGAAGUUCCCAACCGGAUCCUCUUCUCAGAGAUGAAGCACGUCACCAGAGCAGGAGAUCUGGCUGACAUGAUAACUCGGGUCAUCAGAGAAGGACUCGAAGGUCUGGUGCUCAAAGACAUCAAGAGCACCUACGAGCCAGGCAAGCGCCACUGGCUGAAAGUGAAGAAGGACUAUCUGAACGAAGGCGCCAUGGCGGACACGGCUGACCUGGUGGUGCUCGGCGCUUUUUAUGGGAAAGGAUCCAACGGUGGCAUCAUGUCCAGUUUCCUGAUGGGCUGCUACGAUCCCGACUCAAAGAAAUGGUGCACCGUGACCAAGUGCUCCGGAGGAUACGAUGACGCCAUGUUGGCCCGGCUCCAGAAGGAGCUGGAUGUGAUUAAAAUCAGCAAGGAGCCCGGCAAAAUCCCCGGCUGGCUGAAAAUCGUGAAGAACUAUUAUCCAGACUUCAUCAUCCGCGACCCUGAGCGAGCGCCGGUCUGGGAGAUCACCGGCGCCGAGUUCUCCAAGUCGGAAAUGCACACCGCCGACGGCAUCUCCAUCCGCUUCCCACGCAUGACGAGAAUCCGUGACGACAAAGACUGGAAGACCGCCACCAACCUGCACCAGCUCAGGGAGCUGUUCCGCAUCUCCAAGGAGCACUGCGACUUUAAAGUGACGGCCGGCCCGUCGACCGCCGACGACAACAAAGGGUCCUCAGGGGGGGACAGCGGGGGGAGCUCGCCGUCGCCCUCCUCCAACAGAAGCGCCCCCCCACAAAAGACCCCUAACAGAACGCCAACGAAAGCAAAGCCGCAGAAGUCGGAACCCCGCACACCCGGCUCAGAAGCUUCCAGCGCCAAAAAGAUGAAGAAAAGUGAAAAUGUCAACAGCAACGGGCAGAGCAAACCCAAAGUGACCCCCCAGCUGCUGGAGCCCAGGAACGACAAGACGUUGCUGGACAUCUUCAGCGGGGUGAAGCUCUUCCUGCCCGCCUCCAUCCAGGACUCCGACAGACUCCGGAGGUACUUCGUGGCGUACGACGGAGACCUGGUGGCGGAUUACGAGGCCGCCUCCGCCACGCACACGCUGGCCCCGCCCGAAGAGGACAGCCGGGCUCAGAGGGUGUCGCCCAGCUGGAUCUGGGAAUGCAUCCGGAAGAGGCGCGUGGUGCCGCCCUGCUGAGACAGACAUCCACCUCAGGAAAGCUCUGCAGAUGAACCAGCAGAACUAAAGAACUGUUUUUGUUUUUCUACUGCAAAAAUCAUGAACUGAACACGAGACGUAGAUGAAUUCAGGUUUUUGUUCUCAUAGCUGUUUAGAAUCUAAAGCUUGUAAACUUUAUUAAAUCUUUGGUUUGUGUCACACAAACAUGAAACUCUUUGUUGUUUUUAGCAACUUGAGGCUAAAAAAGGAAAACUUUUAGAGAAAACCACGUUUACCUUUACAUGGACGCAGUAUAGUCUCGUUAGGAGCAGCAGUCAAAACAAAAUACUGUUGAAUCAAAUCCUCCAAUGCAGCUCAAUCAUUUACAUUCAAGUCUAGAUAGUUCAGGAGAGUUUAAAUAAAAGUUUGAAGUUGUCACACAAAAGAUUUAAUAGAGUCUAAAAACAGGUUUUUAACACUUUCAACAAUUGCACAUUUCCAAGGCAACAUCACGCUUAACAUUAACUAGUGUAAAUGCAGA